UUAGCCAAGAGCCAAGACAGUUGACGUUUUGUUCUCAAUGUUAAAGGUUCGGAUUCGUGAGGAUGUUCCUGUUUUUGUAUCGGUUGAAAAAUAUACUACUUCAUUGUGAUGCGGUUUAAUUAAUUUAUUGGAUAAAAAAGAAGUGGACCUAAUUUAAAGGAUUCAAAUAAAAAUUUGUUAAACUGGUCCUUCGUGAUCGUGAGUGAAAUUUGAACAAAGUGAAUAUUUAAUUAAUUUGGUCCAUAAAGGAUAUAAGAGCUAUCUCCCACAGAUUAAAAGGAUACAUUCUUAGAUAUUAAGUAAAAAUAAAACUAAGUGGUACCUAUAACAAAAAGGAUUUACACAACGACAAAUUACGAAUAAGUUUUGUGAGUGAAAAGGAUUAAAGUGAUUAAAAUGUCAGAUUUCGCUAUAAAAUGGCGCUUAAAGUGUUUCACAAAAUGAAGCGGAAAAAAAAUACAAGAACAAAAAUUAAAUUUUGUUUCCUUAGACUGGAAGUCAUGUCAUGGGAUUUUUACAUAAACGUUCCAAACUCUUGAAAUUAAUUCUGGAUUCACUGGAAGAUCAAGAGGGUGGAGCUAUGUACAUAUCGUGCGAUGUCUCAAACGGAGGUCCUGUGGAGGCUGAAACGGGAUAUGUUCCCAAUAAUUCAUUGUUCGGGUUGGCAUUGGACAGUCCACAGCAAGAGUGUGCUGCAUCUUGUGUGGGUUGUCUUUGCUGCCAAGGGAACACUUCUUUACCUAUCCCAGCAUUAGGCGCUUCUGAUUUUGAAUCAGGAAGUUGCUUUGAAAACAACAGUGUUCCUUUAAGCUCACCUCAACCUAAUUCACAAACAAAUUUAGGAACGUAUUGGAAUUCGGAUGAAAUGGCGUCAACAUUCCCAGGACUACCACCUUUAGAUAUCGAUCCAUUGCCAAGUUUAUUCCCUUUUUCACCUUGUGGUGCUUCGUAUAAUUUUUCAGCUAAUCCUCAUCAAGCAUCUUUGUCAUACACGGUACACCCGCAACUCAUUAAUCAAACACAAGCACAACAAAAUACAACAAAUGCACUUAGUACAGCAUCACAAUCAUGCUACUAUGAUGCCCCAUCAACAUGCAACCAACACGCCACUCCCCCCAUUUACCCGAGCAUGAGUGUCAAUGUCAGCAUGAAUAUGACCAUGCACGGCUACGGAGCUGAAACAUCUGUUCCAAUGCAAUGCUCCCAAAUGCAGUGGACUCCGCCAAACUCGUCAUCUUCCGUAAAUGUUCUUUAUCCACCGUUGCUGAGUCCAUCCCAUUACCCGGCAGCUACAACGUACUCCUUUACAGCAGAUUUCAGACCACCAAUAGGUAACCAGUCAAUAGCUCCGGCUCCUGGUGAGAAUGAAGAAAAAAACUCACCACAUCGUGCUUUCUACUCACAACCCACACAAUCCUAUUCACCACCCAAAAGUCCACAAUAUUCUUUGGUCAGAGACACAAAGUCCUUUGGAAGUGGUGGAUUCGAGGAUGAAGAUAGCAACGAAGGAUCAGACUCCAAGCCAAAUCUUUGUAGGCUUUGCGGUAAGACAUACGCUCGCCCUAGCACAUUGAAAACUCACUUAAGAACUCAUUCUGGUGAAAGACCCUAUAGAUGCCCUGAUUGCAACAAAAGUUUUUCACAAGCAGCCAAUCUUACAGCUCAUGUACGCACACAUACCGGACAAAAACCGUUCCGUUGUCCAAUUUGUGAUAGACGAUUUUCGCAGAGCUCGAGUGUUACUACGCACAUGAGAACGCACUCUGGAGAACGUCCAUAUCGGUGUUCAUCAUGCAAGAAGUCGUUCUCCGACAGCUCCACGCUAACUAAGCAUCUGCGUAUACAUAGCGGAGAAAAACCCUACCAGUGCAAGUUAUGUUUACUUAGAUUCUCUCAAUCCGGAAAUCUUAAUCGUCACAUGCGAGUCCAUGGUACAAAUAACAAUUUGAUAUCGUGACAAAAACCCAAAGGUUUUCACCACUAUCACCACCUAAACGACUACGGCAUAAGCGACAUUGGCCCUGCAUCACAAAACUAUCCUGGGUACUAUUUUUGUGCACUAAAUAAUCCUAGAAUGGAACGUUAUCUUAAUUAAUUUAAAACAAUAUAAUUAUGUAUGUUAUGUCAUGUGGGUGCUCUUUAACAAAACCUCAGCGCAGCUCAAUUAUGCAUAUGAUUCGGCAAAAUGUACGAAAAACAAAACAAAAAUUUAUUAAAUUUUUUAAUUAGAUUAAUGCUCAAAUAUUUAAGUGUACAUAAAUUAUUUAGUUCUGUAAUGCUAGUGUAAAUAUAAAAACUAAACCACAACAAAAUAUAAACAUAAUGUUAACGAAUUUAUUGAGAAACGAAUUUUAUACAUAAAUCGUAUAUUACAUUCCAUUAAAUGUUUUAAAAUUGUCAAAUUAAGAUAUUUAAAAAAAAAAAAAAAAAAUCAUGCAUAGAUAUUUAUUGUAGCAAAGUAAUGAAAACACGCAUAAAAUCAAAACAAAAUGCAAAAUGUGUUAAAUUAAAAUUCAGAAGAAAAUUAUUAAUUAGAUAAAUUGACGCGUUAAAUAAAUUUAAAAAUAUGGCCAUUAUUACCUACACUACUAUAUUUCUGUGGUAUUUAAGGCUAAAGUCGAUAACACCUGAUGAAUUUUACAUUUUUAUAAUAAAUGCAGGUGCUUAGUUUUAAAAUUAUUCUCGAAAUUUAAUCAAAUUUUAAUCCCAUUUGUAUAUGUACGGACAUAAAACAUUGAAACACAAUAAUUUGUAGAACCAUAGCAUUAGUCAACAAAAAAUAAAUUGUUAAACUUAAAUUUUAAGAAUAAUUAUAUUUUAAAUCUUAUUGUAAUCCAAGAGAAUCUCUAGUCAUGUACCCCAGUUUUGAUUUUUAUAAUAUUAAAACAAAUAGUA